AACAUCAUUACGGAACAAUUAGUCGUUGAUCAAGUUCCAAGUGAUAAACAUGGACUUCAGUGAUGUAUAUAACUCUGAUGUCAGAGUGAAGGAGGAACCAAAUGAUUUUGCCCCUAUUGAAAAUGAUGAUUAUCAGAUAAUUGACAAUGCACACGAUGCUAACACUGAUGAUCAAUCCUUGCGAUGUCUAGAAAAUUUUACUCGUGGCCCUGACGAUGUCAAAGUAGAAUUCGAAUGUAAGGACGAGAAGCUCGGCAUUAACUUAUUAGUAGUCAAGAAAAUCGAGGACGAUUAUCCAGAUCAUUUGCAGCAUAUGGAAAAUAGUUACAAUAAUCAAACCCAAAAGAAAAUUAAAAAAGAAAUUGAGGACGAAAUAAAAGAAGAAUUGAAUUCGGAUGGUGAACUAAGUGAUGCAUUUGAUGCAAAUGAAAAAACAUUUGCUCAAAAAAGUUUAUGCGAAACCCAAACUGAUAAGGCACGCAAUCGUACCAAAUAUCCAUGUAAUGUAUGCGGUACAAAAUUUACACGAAAAGGUAGUCUCAAGAUCCACAUCGAUGCAGUUCAUAAUGGUGUCAAGCAUACGUGCGUUACAUGUCGAAAAACAUUCACACUAAAAUACACUCUCAAAAUUCACAUCGAUUCAGUACAUAAUGGUGUUAAACAUGAUUGUGGUGUAUGUGGAAAGACAUUCACUCAAAAAGGAAAGCUCAAAAGUCACAUCGCUGCGAUGCAUAAUGGUAUGGCACCAACAUGCGAAAUAUGCGGAAAGAAAUUUCAAACGAAGGCUAAACUCAAGAUUCACAUCGAUUCAGUACAUAAUGGUGUUAGACAUGCGUGUGGUGUAUGUGAAAAGACAUUCGCACAAAAAAGAGAUCUCAACAUUCACAUCAACGCGAUGCAUAAAGGUAUGGCACCUACUUGCGAAAUAUGCGGAAAGAAAUUCUCAACUAAGACUAAACUCAAACUCCACAUGGAUGCAGUGCAUAAUAAGAUAACUCACGCAUGUGAUACAUGUGGCAAAAUAUUUACGCUGAAAGAUAAUCUUAAGAAACACAUCGAUGCGAUGCAUAAAGGUAUGGCACCUACUUGUGAAAUAUGCGAAAAGAAAUUCGCAACUGAGACUUCACUGAAGCUUCACAUCGAUACAGUUCAUAAUGGUGUUAAACAUGCGUGUGGAGUGUGUGGAAAAACAUACACACAAAAAGGAGAUCUCAAAAUUCACAUCGAUGCGAUGCAUAAUAAGAUAACUCACGCAUGUGAUACAUGUGGCAAAAUAUUUUCGCUGAAAGAUAAUCUUAAGAAACACAUCGAUGCGAUGCAUAAAGGUAUGGCACCAACUUGCGAAGUGUGCGGAAAGACAUUCUCACGAAAGGGUAAUCUUAAAAAACACAUGAAUUUGAUGCAUAAUAAGAUAACUUACGCAUAUAAUACUUGCGGCAAGACAUUUACUCAAAAGGACCGUCUUAAAACUCACAUUAAAACGCAGCACGAAGACAUUGCAUGCGUUAUCUGCGGAGAAAAAUUUAAACAUAGGAAAUAUCUAUACAGACACAUCAAAAGUGAGCAUGAGGGCAACACCCAAGCACGAGAUUAAUGCAAAAGAUCUAAAUCGUACCUAUCAAUACCGCGCAAAAUGAUAAAACAUCGAGACAAAUGAGUAGCCGUAAAACUGUCAUCGAAAUAGCGCAUCACUCACGCAUUACUACCUAAUAAAUGUAUUAAAUGGACAUUGAAAUUUUGUAAAAAAACAAUUACUAUUACAUUUCGGAUUACUCCUAUGUUUUCCAUCUCACUGCUUACU